UCAUAUCUGUCCUGCCUCCCCAUACAACUAUUUUUCCUCUUUCCCUAUGUAAUUGUCUCUCUGCUUCUCUCUAAUUCUCUUCCAUGAAACAAUCUCUAUAGUACUGUACAUGUACAUGUGAUUAAGAGAGAGAGAGAGAGAGAGGUACUAAUAGACAUGGGAGCAGGAGGAGCAAUGAAGAGCACAAUCAAGUGCUGCAUCUCCUGCAUUCUCCCGUGCGGGUUCCUUGACGUGGUCCGAAUCGUUCACUCGAACGGUUAUGUCGAGGAGAUCAGCGGUUCAAUCACUGCGGCCGAGGUCAUGAAGCUGCAUCCGAAGCACGUGCUCAAGAAGCCCUCGUCGCCAUCUGGGGAAGACGGCGACAAGGGAGUCCCCAAGAUCGUGAUCGUCCCGCCCGAAGCUGAACUCCAGCGGGGCGAGAUUUACUUCCUCAUGCCGGCCCCAUCCACGCCCGAUCAGAAGAACAGCCGGUCAAGAGGCUCGAGGAGGAAGAAGAGGGAACCGUCUUCGGCACCGUCGGAUCGCAACCGGAGGGACAGCGGCAGCGCGGGAGCGAUCUUGGUGUCUGACUUGCUUGUGUCAGAUCGGUACUUGAGCGAGAUACUGUCGGAGAAGAUCUCCACGCAGAGGGACGGGCGACGGGGCAGAGUCGGGAUAUGGAGGCCGCACUUGGAGAGCAUCUCAGAGACCCCAGUCGAGUAAACAAAUGUAAUAUUUCAAGUCCUCCUUUCAUAAGGUUCUACCUAGGGUUACAAUUUGUUCUUCUUUUGAUCCGUUUCCCCUCUCUCUCUCUCUCUCUCUCUUUGUUCUUUGUUUUUGUUUUUGUUUUGAGUAUAUAGAGAAUAGACAAAGCUAAUGAUGGGAAAUUAAAACCUGUCGUUACGAGUUGGAAUUGAUCGGUCACAAUGUACCGGUUGAGAUUUCUGAUCGAUUUGCACAUCGAAAGUUUGCACAAUAUCGAGAUAAGAAUUAAACGAGAUGAUUUUUUGGUUCAA